CUCAGCGGACUGCAUCUUCAAGCCCAGUUUCCCUCUAUAUCACGUGGAAACAUGGCGGACGAAAUCCUUAAUUUUCUUAAAGAGUGCUACUAACGUAGUGGCUCUUGAUGCAAUCCUCAAAUCUGCGUUAGAGCUGAAGUUUAAGAACAUUUUAUUUGAAAUGGAUCUCUUCAGAGUAGAGAGAUUCCUGGCUGAUAACGAAAAUGAACCAGAUCAAAGAGACGAAUCUAAAAGACUGGCCGAACUCCAAAGUGCAAUCGCCGAUAGAAAGAGAAAGAGACUAAUGUUAGCUCAGGGUGGAGGGAGCUAUGAGGAAUCAAACAAAAUCCAAUUUUCAGACUCCAAACAAAUGAAAUCUGAUGUCCAAGAAGAGGUGAAAUCAGCGAAGAAAGCGAAGAAAAAGAAAACAAAGACUGAGGAAGAGAAAUCGGAGAAGGUACAAGACAAAGGGAUCCCAAAGGAAAAGGGUGAAGUCAAGAAUGCUUUUUCCAUCGAUGAUUCACAGGAGAUGCUUAUUGAAAAGAAUUCUGAGAAGAUAAACUACAAAAGGAUAUCCAAGAAAGGCUUAAAAGAGGAAAAAGUUGAAGUUAAAAAUGAUAUUCCCGUGGAGGAUUCACAGAAGGACAGACUCUCUAAGACCACUAGAACAAAGGGAGCAAAAAAGGGCAACAACAAGACUAUUUUUAAUGAUAAAAUUAUCAAAAGUGACUUUGACAAUGAAGAUGAGGAUAUUUCUCAAGAAAAUGAGGACAGUAAAGAAAAAAUAUCAGUAGAAACACUGCAAGAAAAUAAUGAAGAUACAGGGUUUACAGUAAUUGGAGGCCAGAAGAAAAACAAAGAGUGUAAAAAAGUACAAAGAGUGUUACCUGGCUGGCUUGCAAAACCUACGAUCAUUAACUCUGACUUGGGCAGUAAUAAGACUCCUGUUGACAAGAUCCCUUUCUUAGAAUCUCAUAUCGUCACCAAACUACAACAGCUUGGUAUACAUCACUUAUUUCCUGUGCAGAGUGUGGUAAUCCCAGCCAUACUAUCUCAAAUGGAUACAAAGAGUUUCUUGGGGAAAGGGGGUUAUGCACCAGGUGAUAUCUGUGUCUCAGCCCCAACAGGAAGUGGCAAGACCCUUGCAUAUGUGAUACCCGUUGUACAGAUCUUGAUGAAAAGGGUGGUUUGUCACUUGCGGGCAUUGAUCAUCCUUCCUACCAAAGAUCUGGCCAAUCAAGUUAAACAAGUUUUUGAAAUGUUCACAGAGGGUACAAAUUUGAGCGUGGGCCUAGCUUCAGGAUCAAAUUCAUUCACAAAGAAUCAGGAACAGCUUGCUAACCAAGACUCUUGUGGUAGUAGCAGUCGCAUUGAUAUUCUUGUGUGUACUCCUGGUAGAUUAGUUGAUCACAUUUCAUCAACCCCAAAUUUUACACUGCAUCAUGUAAGAUUCCUUGUGAUUGAUGAAGCUGAUCGCAUGUUGAGUCAAUCAUACCAUGGCUGGCUUGGCAAAGUACUGAAGGCUGCCUACAACAAACAAUCUCUCACAAGCAACUUUUUCAACAGUGACAGGCCUUUGUCCUGUACCCUGCAGACAAUCAGGCAUCCUGCUGGAGCUCAAACAGCAGCAAGUUUUGCCACCAUUCAACUUCCUUUGCAAAAAUUGUUGUUCUCUGCAACAAUGACACACAGCCCUGAAAAGCUUGCUCCUCUCCAGCUGUAUCAACCAACCUUGUUUACUGGGACAGGAAGUGUGAAUCAAACAAAAACAACUGAUUUGGGCAAACCAACUUCAGAUGUAUCAAUAUCUGGUCGGUUCAGUGUUCCAGAAGGACUAUCAGAAUACAUGACAGUUUGUAACAGUGGAGAGAAGCCGCUGAUGGUGUUGUACUUCUUAACACAGCUUAAAUUUGAGAGAGUUUUGUGUUUUGCUUCCACACUUGAAGCUACCCAUAGGUUGUAUCUACUCAUGAAGUUAUAUGGUGGCAUUGAAGUAGCUGAGUAUUCCUCCAGCUUGUCACCUCCACAGAGGAAAGGAAUCUUGAGAGACUUCAGGCUCGGAAAACUACAGCUUCUGAUCUGUUCAGAUGCCAUGGCGAGAGGAAUGGAUAUACAGGAUGUGUGUUACGUCAUCAGCUAUGACGUACCAAAUUACGUCAGAACAUACAUACACCGUGUGGGUAGGACAGCCAGGGCAGGAAACAAAGGAACGGCCAUCACACUGUUACACAGCGAAGAAGUACAUCACUUUAAAGAAGUGAUUCAGAAAACAGGACGUGAAAAGAUCGCCAAGUAUAACAUCAAAGAAGACAAACUUCAGCCUAUGGUUGAGAAGUAUCAGGACACUUUAGAACGCUUACAAGAUGCAGUUCAGACGGAAAAUCAGAAAAAAACGCAACAAAAAGGGAAACAGGACGUUGUCAAAUUAUUAGCGGAACAGUUCAUGACUAAUGUGAAAAAAAGAAACCUGGAGAAAAGCUAGUUAACUGUUCAAAGACGAUUUUGAAAUAAAACUUAACAUUUAUCGUU